AUAUCACGGACAACGGCAGACCACGCACUCGCCUCCGACUCCUGGCGACCGGUCGACGCAAGGAAAUACGACGAGUUUGAGCGUCUGGGAUUUCGGAGAUUGUUGAAGGGAGAUACGGGGGCGAGGUUGUAGAGACAGCUGCGUUAUUCGCCGCCUAUGACUCCCAAAGAGUCGCCCGCGGGGAAGCAUAACCACAGCACCAACGACGGCAGCAGUAACGGCAGGACGGCAGCGAACGAGCGGGGCUACAAACGAGGGGUUCCAGAUCACGUUCAAAACAUCAUCAGCACUCGAGGGUCAUCGACGUCCCGUACAUCUCCUCUGACGUUUCAUUCGGGCGUUAUUGCUAGCGCGCGGAAAUUGGACGAUCGGAGCCGGCCGGGGCAGAGGAAGAAUGAAUCUCGAGGCUCUUUGACGUUCCAUGGGAAAGGGGGUUUUACUGUAAAUGUGGAGACCGAUGACGAGGACCAGGUCGAGGAAAAGGAUCAACACAAGAGUGCUAGUAAGGUUGAUGACGACGAGGAGGUCGAGCUCGUGAUCGUCCCUUCGGAAGAACCUCGCAUAAACGUUGUAACUGUGGAAGCUGCACCGUCACAGAACCGGCAGGUUGAAAUCGUGGGAUCACAAACCCGCGAGUUCGAAACACUGGAACCAUCGACACCAGCGGCUCGACGAAGGUCCAGGCUCAACCCACAGGAGGCUUUUGAGGCUGCUGGCGGGAAAAGAUUUGAUACACCUCGCACGCAGCUAGUGGUUGUUGAAAUGCCGGAAAAGAGGACGAGCAGGAUGAAAGGCGCCGGUGGGCAAUCAGCAGGAGCAUCAGCCGGUCGGUUCUAUCAAACCCCACAUCGGCGGGAGAGCCUGCCCAGUUCGCGAUACUCCACGCCUCCAGCCAUGACAAUGAUGACACAAUCUACAACCUCCUCUUACGAUCAGGCCCUCAGGAAGGCAUCCCUGAAGGACGUGGGACCGUCCGCAUCCGAGAUGUUGGCUAGCUCCAAACCGGCAGACUUUCCGUCGAUCCAACUGACACAUGUCUUUGUGAAUGGGAAGCUCGUCGCAGACGAGGAAAAUGAGCCGUUUCUCAAAAUCACACCGGAUCGUCAUUUGAACUUCGGGUGGGAUAAAAAAUCAAUGCUCCCGGUCAAACGCGGCCAGUGGGCGAAAGUUUAUCGUGGGCAGCUCGAAUGGGAUCGCGAGGUCGGAGUUUUCUUGGUUGUGCGGGAGGAUGCAGGGAAAAUUGUAGCCUUCGGAUCGUUCGAUAGAAUAUCGAGGGUUAUGGACAAACAACUCCAAGGAGAUAUCGAGAAUCUUGGUAUGCAAUCCCUUCGACGCUGCAGCGUGAUGUACCGUAACACGGUACGGCAGCCUAUUCCCGCCGAGACGAGAAAGAUGACCCGCGCAACGGCCGCACUUCAGGCGAACAGCGAUCAGGGGAGCGGGUUGGAUGAACCGCUGCAAAGCUCUGUGCGCAAGAAGCAGGUGAAGAAACACAUUGCUCCGCCGGACAAGGAGCUCUUCCGAUUCCCGUUCGAUCAAAAGGUGGCUGUCACUGUGCGCGUGGAGGACUAUGACCGCCUGCAAGAUGGGGAAUAUCUCAAUGAUGUAGUCAUCGAGUUCUUCAUGAAAUGGUUGGCCCUGCAAGGCGUAAACAAAGAACACGAAAACGAAGUGCAUUUCUUCAAUAGUUUCUUCUUCGAGCAACUAUCUUAUGGGCAAACCGGCAAGAAAAACAGCCCGGACGAUUCGGGUUACGAGCGCGUGAAAAAAUGGACGAAAUCAAUCAAACUCUUUGAAAAGAAGUACAUCUUUGUGCCCAUCAACGAAAACAUGCAUUGGUACCUCGCUCUCAUCUACAACCCGGGUGCACUGCUAAAGGAAGAGGAGGAAGUGUGCGGGACGACUUUAGAAGAUCAAAACAUGUCGCGCGCGAUUGAGGAGAGUUUACGGUCACAUGCCAUCACCGAUGCUCAACCGGAAGCUGAAUCAGCUGUGGAAGAGGAAGUCGAGUCGUCCAACCCGGUGGUAACGUCUGAAGGUGCUUCUCGCAAGCGACGGGCUCGAUCCCCUACCCUCAGUCCAUCCACCCCGGCCCAGCCGGCGAAGAAGCCGGAUACCCGUCGAAGCGUGUCGCCAACCCCGUCACUGGCAAGCCAGGAACUUGAUGAUAUGCUGCCUCCCGCGGGUUCGAACGAUCCGAUGGAGAUCGACAGCGAAGAUGAGGUGAUCACGCAGCCGCCAGGUAGUCCGAUGGAAGUGGACGCGCCUGCAGGCCCCGAAGAGAAAGCAGCGGAUCGGCAACGCGCACGGUCGCGGACAGCUAGUCCGAAGGAGGUGGUCGAAGACGUCCUCAGCGCUGGCGCAAAGUCAGCAAAAGGCCCUCCAGCCAAACGGAAAAUAGAGGAAGUGAUAGAGCUCGACACGCCUGACGCGCCCGCGGAGAAGGACCCAUUCACCUGGGAGCCCGACGAUGAGGACGAUGACAUCCGAUUCGGAGUUCAAGGCGCGGGAAAGAAACGAAAACUUGUCAGACGGAGCUCGCGGGUUCGCAAACCUGGAGACCUGGACGCGCAAUUUAGUGAACCAUCGAAGACAGUUGUGGUUAGCAGCCCCCCCGCGCCCGGGUCGAACAAGCAGACGACGGAGGAAAAUGCGGAAGUGAAGGAACAGAGGCAGAGGGAGAAGACCGUGCAGCAGUUGAAGAAGUAGGCUCCCCUUUCCUGGAGCCUCCUUGUUCUGAGGGCUUUGCUGGCCACAUAUCGGGGCUGAGCACGCUGACUGAUAUCUUCGACUUGGGCAGGUGUCAUAUCGUCAUAUUCGAUUCGUUGGAUGGGAAGCACCAGAGGACUAUCAGGCUCCUUAA